AUGAAUCGCUCUUCCAGUACCAACUCCACAAUCCAAGCCGUCGAUCUCAACUUUGACAGUGCUGUUAGCAAGUUUGCUCCAAAAUCCAAGCAAUGCUUGCCGGAGUCCUUCCAACCACUUGCAGACUCGGUCAUUAUCGGCAAAGGUAAAAUGCCAGCACAAGCAUCUGGGAACAGGAGACUUCGUGAGCUAGUGGAUGUCCAUCUACAAAACUAUGCCAAUGCCAAGUACAAGCGAGACAAGACCUUCAUUGUCACAAACAUCCUGCAGUCGAUCCAAGAUCUUUGCCCAGUCGGAGCCUUUGUCAAGUUCGACGGAGAGCGAUGGUGGGAAGUAUCUGAUCGCAUCUCAAGAGAGAAGAUUGCUUGCAUGUUCCGGGACUCUCUUUCCGGGCAAUACAAGUCUUCCAACAAGAACAAGGUUGCCAAGCGCCGUGCUCAACGAGCCAAAAAGCGCCAUGCAGCUAUUUCAAUGCAAAAAGUAGAAACUCAACAGCCACCAUGUUACCAAGAAUCACUGCCAAAGACACCAGCAGCGCAAUCAUUGGAACCGCAAGCCUUCGCCAAUAACUUGGCCGAACCUCCUAAAAUGACUGUCGCCCCCUUCAAGAGAGUCAGCAAGGAACGAGACUCCAUCCUAGUAUUGGAGGGUCUUGACUUUAAUGGACUGCUUGAUGUCGAUCGCAAUGUCUUUGAUUGCGCCGAUUUCUUUAGCGAGGAUGCCGCCAAAGUGAGUUCGGAUGAAGAAUCCUUCUUUGAUGAACAAGUUUUUGCCUUGUAA